AGAAUCGUCAUCAACUUAAAACCGCAGAGUUCAUUCACUAGGGAAUGAGUGUGUGAGGGUGUUAAGGCAAGAGUCAUGGCAUCGGGGGGAGAAACCUGCACUCUGUCUGAGGAUGAAAGGGGCAUCCCACUAGACAUUGAUGAUGUACACAUGCUGUUGCAAGUGGAACAGGAACAGAUUCAGAAGAGAACUUUCACAAACUGGAUCAAUGCACAGCUCUCCAAGAGGAGCCCUCCGACCUCAGUCCAGGAUCUGUUCUCGGACCUUCGAGAUGGAACUCGAUUGUUGGACCUACUCGAGGUGAUGAGUGGUCAGCGCAUGAAACGUGAGAGGGGUCAUGGUGUGUUUCAGCAGAGAGGAAACAUCGAGACUGCUUUGAACUUCUUAAAAAAUAAAUCAAUAAAACUGGUGAACAUAAACAUCCCAGACAUCAUAGAGGGCAAACCUUCUAUCAUUCUAGGCCUGAUAUGGACAAUUAUCCUGCACUGCCAUAUAGAGGAGCUAGCCAGCAUGCUCUCCUAUGGCUCCCGCUCAUCCUCUCUGGACUCUCUGUCCAGUCUGGAUUCUGCCCCUGGGUCUCCUGCCAGCAGUCCUGUUCUUCGGAGAGCAUCACCGCUCCAUGCACGCUUCCGUCUCUCUGCUAAGAAGGCUCUGCUCCUGUGGGUUCGGGACCAGUGCCAGAAAGUUGGUUGUACAGCCAGUGUGAGGGACUUUAAAUCCAGCUGGAGGAGUGGUGAGGUGUUCCUGGCCAUCCUGUGUUCUCUUAGACCAGAUCUGGUGGACCUCUCUCAAGCCCAGACCAGAAGCCACCUGGAAAAGCUGGAGCAAGCAUUUCACCUCGCUGAGAUGGAGCUGGGAAUUCCCAGACUGCUUGAGCCAGAGGACAUUGAUGUCAGUAACCCUGAUGAGAAGUCCAUUAUGACAUACAUUGCUCAGUUCCUGCAGUACUCCAAUGAUCUGCCCUCAGCUGAUGAUGAUUUUGAGGCUUCACCCAAUCAGAAAGCCAGAGAGAUGACAUGCUGGCUACAGCGAGCCUAUCAGGAGUUAGUGGAGGCGUGGACCUCUACAGAGGGGAAGGGAUAUGCAGAAAGAUAUCAGGUAUUCCAGAACUUUGUGGGGACUUACUAUGGCCAGCGACGUCCAGUUAUUCCAUUGCUUAGUGCAAUGAGACGCUCUGCUAAACCCGGCGAGGAGCAGCAAGCACUUAUAAAGGCCUGGGACAUCAUGGAGGAGAGGUUACAAGAGUACAGAACAGAGCUGGAUGUUGGCUUGCCGGCCCCCCUGGACACACUGUGUCAGUGGCUUCAGCAUAUGGAGGCAGUCCUGUCUGAAGAGAACAGAAACACAGAAGAUCAUGCUCUUGCUGCCAGAGACGCCAGAAACAAACAAGAACAACUCAAGGUUUUGGUUGAGGAUUUAAGCCAACAUUUGAACACCCUUCAUCAUUACCAUAACACAGACGAUGAUGGUUGUCCUCAUGUGCCAAUUGAGAAGCUGAAGGAAAUCAAGAGACGUUUCACCAGUGCCAGAGUGACAGUCAAGUACCACGGCAUCAAGCUGCAAUACAGGGAACGGAUACACCAUGUUUAUGACCUGCUGGGGCAUCUAAAGUCUAAGUUGGGCUUGUGGAGAGGGCUUUAUGGCUCCCAGGAGUCUGUUUACUCUCUGCUACAGGACUGGCAUGAAACAGUUGACAAGCAAGGCCUGCUGUCAAUGUUGAAGGAAGCACUUCAUAAACUGAAGGACACAGCAGCCAAUUACACAGACAAAGCAGCCUUGGCUGAAGACUCACUUAUAGUGAACAGGCAGGUAAAGGAAGUUGAAAAUGAGACGGGGGUGUGGACAGAGGCCGUAGAUGCAGCAAGGGGCACAAUGGAGCGUGUUCUGGCUGCAUGGGAGUCCUACAAAAACUGCCUGUAUCUAUUACAGGUCUGGUUGGGGCAGGAGGGCCAAUUACAAACUGAAGGGAAAGAGCAGAAGCAUUUGUCUGAGUGGAGUUCUCAACAAGCCCAGCUGAAUGAGGCUGGAAACUUUCUCAUUGAGAUGUCUGAUGCCUCCACCAGUCACUCUCUUGCUGAUGAGCUCUGCAGACUCAACAUGCAGUGGGCUGACUUCAUUAAAAGGACCAAGUUUGCAGUGGUCCCUCAGCCCACUAGUGUGGUCGCAGGUGUACAAACUGCCCAAGGCCUUAUGCAGGAAGCAGGCUGGGUGCUUAGAGAGGCAGUGGAGGUGUCAUCUGGACCUCUACGUAUAUAUAGGAAGAAACUCCAGAUCAUCAUUCAGAAGAUAUCAGAGUUGAAUAUGGACUCUUUAACUCCAUUACCAGAAUGCAAGGAGGAAACUCCACAGAAACGUACUCUACCAGAGAUAUUCGAGACUCUGUGUGGUGUGGACAAGUCGUGUGAGGGCCUCCAGAGAGCUGCGUCCCUGCUGGAGGGAAGAGUGGCCGAGCUUGAAAACUGGAGAUCGGAAGCCCAAGAUGUCUGCCAGCAUCUAAAAGAAUGCCAGCGUAGGGGCCAUCGGGGGCCUCAUCCCAAGGCCAAAGCGCUGAUCUCGCGAGGUCUACAGUUAGAAGGACAGGUGGUGACAGAAAGUGAGGACCUGCAGACAUUGGUGACAUCAGUGCAAAAGACCCCUUCCCUGCCUUACUACAGCAUGUCAGUUCUACAAGACAGAGUGAAACAGACUGUCUUUCAGUGUCAGGAGGUUAUUGAGAUGCUCAAUUGUCAUGGAGGUAAGCGUGAAGGACAGCCUGAUGGUUCACAGCCCUCUUCUAAGGUUAUCGUGCCAGCAUAUUCUCAGUCUGAGGACCACACUCAAUCCUUUCAACAACAUCAGGCUCCGAUGUUUCCCAAAAGCACCAAACCUUCUCGAGAGAGCCUAAUAGAGCCUCAAAACCAAGAAGAUCUUUCUCUUCAGCUGCAGGCACAACUGGGCAUGCAACCCCAAGUGUUCCCUGAGUUUCAUGAUAAAAUACCCAAACAUCAGAAGACAGCUGUAUGUCAGAUUCAGCAAAUUGAGCUCAAACAGCCAGUGCUGUCAUCGGUUGUUGGAAGGAAGACUCAAAUGAAACCACAGACUGAAGUUCAGGUUAUCUCUGUUGACUCAAGCCAAACCAGUGGCUUUGGACCAUCAGACUCUCUCAACUCUUCAUCCUUGCCUACAUUUAGCUUAAACACUCUGUAUACAUCUUUUACAGUGACUCCAUCUGGAAUGCCAGUAGAACAAAACCUUGGUACAUCACUAAAAUCACAAUCUCAAACCUCAUUGGCCACCCCACACCAAAGGGUACUCCCCAAGGGUCAAAGCUUUCCACAGUCACAUGAGCCAUUACAAACCCAAGAACCCAGAAAACGUCAAAAGACGGAAGAGCACAUAAAAACACAAAGUGACCCACCUGUUCAGAAACCGAUCCUUGCAUUAUCUGGUAGUCUGCCAAAUGAUCCAUCUCCUCCAAAACCCUCAUCUAUCUGCACAAAACAAAAGAAGAAAGGUCAAAGCAAGUCUCCAACUGUUCCUCAUGUCCCAGAACAGAAUGAGGUAUAUGCCAGAGCUCAAGCUUUAGCCAAAAGCAGACUGGAAAAAGCCAAACAGCACCUGCAGGACCACAUACAGGAUGUAAUCACAGUGUUCAAUAACAAACAACCCAGGAAAAAGCAGGCAGCAUCACGGCUUCUCAGGCCUGCUGUUUUGGAGGAGUUCAUAGAAACUGUGAAAGGAAUGGGGGCCUUCUGCACUGAUGCCGAGCUCGGAGACCUGGACCUCCUCUGUCAGUCUGUCAGGGCCCAGUGGGAGGCAGGUGCCACAGCAACUGAGCAUUCAGGUUGUCUGGAAGCCUUGACAAGAAUGAUUGAGAGUCUGCAGCACACAGAGAGUUUUCCUCUUGCCAUCACCCACCUGAUGAUUAACACCGAGAGGGUGGAGACCGUUCAGCACCACAAAGACUCGACAGGUGUUUUAACACCUUGCCAGGACAGGGGUGGAGCAGUCAAGGAUUGCAUCCUGCUGAGAGAGACUAGACCGCUAGAUGACCAAUCAAUAUACCCUGACAUCUCACAGGCCAUCGUCCAGACCAACACUGUGGAGAUGAAACAGAUACCCGAAAGGACCGUCAUCCACCCCUGCUCCGCAGAGGAAGUAAAGGUUACCCCACAGGAACCUCAGAGCAGGGUGAAGUCCUUUGAAACUGCAGUGGAGCUACUGGAGUCAGCUGACUUUCAGAUAAGACUGAUCUCAGAUCAGCUGAAACAAAUCAAUCAGAAACCUGUGAAUAUUAGAAACUUCACCGUUGCUGAUGCCAAAACUCUACAUGAAGAUCUAAAGCUUCUACAUGAAAGUGUCGAGAAGCUGUUUCUCAUCAAUCAGAGUGAAAGUUCAGUUAGUGACCCUGCUGAUCUGAGUCACAAUGAGCUCCAAGCCCAUCUCCCUCUGCAACAAACUCUCUACAGCCACACAAAAUGCUUGGAGGAGCUAAGGCACUGUCUGAGAAAGACUGAGUCAUCCUUUGUGGCCCUUGAAAACCUCCUAUCCCAUCUCCAGCAGGUGAAUGAAGACCUCACUGCAGCUCAGAGCACCUCAGCCUCUACACCAGACUGCAGCUCCAGAUUUGCUUCCAUCUGGAAAAGUUUUCAGCAGGCCAGAGAGGAAUCUGUUCGGCUGGAUCGAAUACUAGAUGAUGCCGGCAUGAGAAUAGCUCUCGAUGACAAACCAGGCAGUUGUCAUGAGAUGGUGUCAGCUAUGUUUCUACGUGCUGAAGAGGUAGAGACCAAACUGGCUGCAGGGUCGAGGCGAGAUGAAAGAGGUGGGAAAAGAAGAGAGAAGGGAGAGCAGAAGGAGAGAAUGCUCGGUAGAAAGAAAAUGGCCUUGCAGGUCACAGUGAAAGAGGUGCUGGCAGCACUGGAAAGACAUGGACUGAAGGAGCCCACACUUCCUGCACUGCAACACAGGUUACGUUUCCUAACAGACAUGGAGAGUAAACUGGUUGCACUACACUCAGAAAUUCGGGAUCUACGUGAUACACAUGCACAGACAAACACCUCAGACACUGGCCUCAUCGAGCUGCAGACACAAUGGGAAGAUGCACAUAGAGCAGUUACUGAGAGUCAUGAGCAGUGCGUCUCUUUGACCGAACUACUGAAGAAGUUCCAAAGCUGUCGAAAUCGCUUGGGCAGUACUUUGCAGAUAGCUGAGCAGACCCUCGCUGAUCAGGCCUCCUACAUGGGCAAAGAUAACCUACGCCUACUGAUCAGUAAGGUCACCAGUAUAAAAUCAGAACUUAAUGAUCUUGGGGAUGGGGUGGAGGAGUACAGAGCUGUGUGCAGACAGCUCCAGUCUCUGAUGAGAAGGAUCCCAGACUGUGCAGACGCCCCAUUUGAGAGUGAGGCUGAUGCCCUCAUGGACCGCUGGCUUGAUGUCACUGAAAAGACCGACUGUCAUCUAGACAACCUUCAAGCUGGGUUUUCUCUUUGGGAAAAACUCCUCUUAAUGGCUGGAGAGGUGGAGGGCUGGACUGCCCAAAAGCUGAUGACACUUGCUCAGACACAUCCCUUUCAGACUGAGCAGGAUGUGUCGGCCAUGCAGGAUGAGCUGAUGGCUCAACAAGAGAACAUCGAACAUUUCCAUCGCAGAUCUUUAGAGAUCCAGGAGCUGCUGCAAAUUCGAGAAUUCCCACUUGAGCUACAGGUGAUUGAAAGCCAGCUGAGGAAGAGGAUGGCAGAGGUGAAGGAGCUCUUUUCAGAGACCAGUGAUGUCUUUACACAACUGGUUGCUGCCAAAAUGCAGGUGUCGUCUGAAAUAGCAGAGCACCAAUCCUCCAUCCACACCAUCACAGAUGCGCUAAACACACUGACUUCAUCUGAAAGCACACAGGUCCUAAACACAAUCCAGUUUUUAUCAGAGCAACUGCAGACAGAGGCAGAGCAGAGCGAGGCUUUGCUGCAACAGAUAGGUCUUCUAGCCAGCAUUGCUGGUCUAGAAAACCUGCAUGCACUGGCUGAAGAUGGAGCUCGACUUCAAGAAAGCAUCUGCACAGCCAGAGAGCUGAUCAUGGAAAAGACAGAGCAGAUAAUGAAUCCCAACAACCCCAAAAAUCCUCAGAUGGUACAAGACCCAAAGCACAUCAAACUCUGGAUUAAUAAAACACAAGAUCAUCAACCAAAAGAUACUCGGCUUGCAGCUACUCUGUGUCCUCAAACACAAUCUCAAUCUAAUGGUGAAAAAGCGGAACACUCCCACAGAGACGAGAUACAAGAUGCUCUUCUAGCUGAUUUUAGGGAUUUCAAGCAGCAGGCCUUCACCUGGGCAAGUGAACUACAUCUGAAGGGUAAUCUAAAGGUUUCUGUAGAUAAUAACAGCCAGGCUACACUCGAGGAGAGACUCGAAGCAAUACAGGUUGUAAAAGAUCUAAAGCCUGAAGCAGACAGCAGGCUACAGGACCUGAAGGUGAAAGGUCAGAGACUCCUCCAAGGACAAGGUCUAGAGGACAGAGACAAACAGGAAGUCAGUGAUAUCCUCGGGAGUUUAGAGAAAAAGUGGGAAGCUCUUCUGAAAUCUGCAGACGAACAGCACAGAUUCCUGCAGGAUGUUAAGGAGCUUUCCUCCUCCUGUCAGUGCCAGAUGCAGCAGACUGAGAGCAUGUUACAGGAGUUGCAGGUGCUGGCGGCAGAAUUGCCUAUGCUGUUCCCUUGGCCUGGCCUUGCUGAGAGGCGUAAGGCCAUUGAGCAGACCGGAGACCUCCUGUUGAAAGCACAAGAACUGGGCCCUGCCCUCACUGCACAGAGAGCCAAUUACAAGGAGCUGGCCAAAUACAACCCCAGCUGGACUGAGCCAUCCUGGAGCAACUUGGAAUGCAAUGCUUCCCGUCUUGUCCAAGAUCUUAAUGAUGUGUGUGUAAGUCUAAGUGAGGGUACAGACGAGGAGCAGAGGUGUGCACUGUUAAUGCAACAGAGUCAAGAGAGUCUGGACUCUCUACAGGAGCGGAUAGAGGAUGAUUGUCAAGACCCAAAUGCUCUAAAGGCCUUGCUUCAAGCUGUAGAACAAGAGGGCAGAAACCUGCUGGAGAUUGAGAAACUAACUGAUGUCCUACUGAAAACCUGCACUUCAGAAGGUCAGACCGCUCUUUCCCAGGACAUUCAGACACUGUUUGGAAAGACAUCAGCCCUGAAGAGGACUCUGGAAGAGGUGGGCACUUGGGGUGGGAACUCUGAGCCAGUUAAAAGCUUUGUAGAGUGGAAUGAAUUUCAGCAGCUUGGACUAUCCCCAGAGGAGCUCUAUUCAGUUCAGGUGGCCACUGACAGUGCAGCAAAUGACAUGGAUCGCACGACUGUAAAUAUCAUGAGCACUGAGGAAAAUAUUGCAAUGCCAAAUGCAUCGCGUUUAUCUGGCUCAACCCAAAAAGCACCAACAGAUGUUGAGAAUCUCCGACCAGCCCAGGACACAGAUAAGCAGAAAUUAAUGUCUGGAUCUGUAGAGAGGGAUGAAACUGGACCUGCAAUACGAGGAGACCACAGGGAGACCACUGACGGUACAGGUGUAAAAUCAAGUGUCACUUAUGGUUCUUUCUGUGAUAGUGCACUCAACCCAGAAGCCCCAAAGCCCAUCUUAACCUUAGUACUGAACUCGGAUAUCUCUAAACCCAACCAGAACCCUCUGGCACAAGGCAUAUCAGAUUCUGCAACUCAGUGGGACACUGUUUCAGAUGUUCAUUAUGAGACCGCAGAGAGAUCAGAGAAUGGACUGGAGCAUUUGGAAGCCAAGCAAUGUGUUGAUGUAGCUGUAGAUGAAGAAAAUUCUUCUGAUUUACUGCCUCCAAAGCGGAUUGCCACUAUUAUUUUGGACUCUUAUCUUUCCUCAUCAGAUUUGCAGUUUGAUAAGAACAACCACACUGAUAGAGUUAAGCCUACUCAGAGAGCUUUUGCUCUUGAGCUUGAUUCCAGGCCUAAACCAGAGAAGGACUCUUCAACUCCAAGAUUAGUCUCAGCUUGCUCUGAUCCCAUGGUUUCACACCCAGAGAAUGAUGCAAGCACUGGAACUGCAAAUAAAGUGUUUACCAUCAUUUUGGAUGUUGAUUCACCUACAUUACAGUUAGACCGUUACUGGCCACUGCAGACAACAGAAUGUGGGGGUCCUGAGGGCUCUGCCCACAGAGGCGAAUUCUCUUAUUCAGAAGUCAAGGAUCAACAGAGUAGCUCUUCUCGCACUGGGAAUCCUGGAUGCCAAGACUCUGAAAUAAGCCUUUUAGAAAUGGAUAAUGUGAGAACAAGAAUCUCUGAAUCAAAGAAUGUUAAUACUGAAUCUCAGGAAGACAUGUGUGAAAUUCCACAUGUGGGAUUGGUACAGCCAGGACAUAGGGAAACUACAGUGAUGCAGCCACUAAAGACCUCUGAGGUCAUGGAGAUUGACAUUAUAAAAGGUCGAAAAGAGGAGUCACAUCAGAUUGUAGAAGACCAACAUGCAGUUAUAAUUGCUGACUUAUCAAGCCAAAUGGAUGUCGACACUGGAAAAGACAGUGAUUUGAUGUCUUUGGUUCUCAAGCAUGAUGUUACAAUGGUGGAGAGUCUUGAGGCAGAGGUCACCAGUGACAAAAACACAAAUGCACCAGACAAAGAGCUCUCAAACUUAGAAGAUGACACACAAAACCCUCCAAAUGUUAUUGAAAGAAGGAAAAAGAACAACAAAGCAAUUGGCAUAGAACCAACAACAAAUGUUAGUAAUUAUAAGUUGAAGACUCCAAUUUCCAAACAUACAAACACAACUGAUUCAAUAUGCCCUCAAACAUUUGAGACAAGACUGGUGGACACCACAGAUACAUCACUGACUGUGUCUUCAGACACUGGAAUGUCAUUGGAUACAGAAUGCAAACUACCAGGAGCUAUGAACACCUUGAAUGAAGAUACCGAAAAUCUACUACAAAUAGAGACUAAUGACAAACAUACAGAGACAGUUGGUAUUUCUCAUGCUGGAGCUGCCCAUACCAAUACCACAGGCUCUCCAGAUGCUGCUAUCUUCAUAGCAGUAGAAUCACUGCAGUCAGCACAUACAGAUGUCUCGAAAUCAAUGCCAAUGGAUGUUUCAACUUUUGUGAGAGCUGAGUGUACACAGAAUACAGAAUGCAAACCUUUAGGAGCUAUGGGCACCAUACAGAAACAUAGUUUGAAUCUCUUACAAACAGAAACUGAGAAUAGACAUUCAGUGGCAGGUACCAUCUCUAAAUCUGUCACUGACCUUACUCCAGAUGAUGUGGUCUUAACAGCAGAGGAAUCUGUAAAGUCAGUACAUGCAGAGACCUCUGAAUCAAUGUCAGCAGAUGCGUCACCUGUUGUGAUCGCUGAGUGUACAACUCAAAAUCCUAUCACUGUCCCAUCAGAGACACAAUUCAGUAACUACGCUGAAGCACAGAGGACAGAAGAUUUAGAGAGCAGUUUUCUUUUGCAGUCUGAAGACAUGCACAGAGCCAAUUCAGAUCGAUUUGUCUUGUACAAAACAUCCCAAAACAGAGGAUCAGGAGCAGAUGGUGAGGAUAAAACAAGGCAUGUAGAGCAGUCCAGGGUGUGGGCCACUUUUGUGGACACUGUUACUAAUGUUCAGCCACUCCUGGUAACCAGUAAUGUUUCUGAGGAAACCAGGUCAAGAGAGGAUGCCUGGUGUCUUAACUCGUUAUUCACAGAGUCAGAGGCCAGUCUGGCAUGGACUGUCCUGCGGGUUUGCAGAUGCCGGAACCAGCAAGCCCAAUUGAGCCUUACACGUAUGACUCAUCAGCUGGAAGAAGCAGAGAUCUGCAGGCAAUGUGUAUUGGAGCAUAUAGCGAGGCUGCCUAAGCAUGGAGCUAGCGGAGGGUACUCUACUGAGCCUGAGCAGAGGAUAGAGGGGAGAUGGAAUGCAUUGCUGCUGGAUACUUCUACCAUGGCACAGUUUAAAAAAUCACAGCUUCAGCAGGUUACACAUUACCACCAGCAAAAACUGGCUCUAACAGAUACACUCCACACUCUGGAGGCAGAGCUGAGCACACUGACAAUGGAUUGUAUUGAAAGCAGCACCCUGCAAGCAGAAAAACUGAGUGCAUUUUUGAAAACUAUGCAGAAGAACAGAGGCAUGAUUGAGGAGCUCCUACAGACAUGCUGCCAGAUCUCAGCCCAUCUGAGUGAAGCAGAAGGACUUGUGGUCUGCUUCGAACCAGUUAGAAAUUUGCAGGAGAAAUGGCAAACUCUGGAAAGGGCUGCUUUAAGGAGUCUGUGGCACAAUAACAUUUGCACAGCAGAAGUGUCCGCACUGCUACAAGAGUCCAGAGAGCUUAGAUGUGAACUGGAGCUUCUGGAGAAAUCUAAAGGACAGACAGACUGUCAAAAUGUAUUACAGCAAGCUGUUGAAACUGCAGACCUGAUAGUGCUGAGUGAGCGUUACCUGUACCUUCUUGAGCUCUGUCAGGAUCUUUCCUUAAGUCCACUGAGGAAGAAGGAGCUCAAGGAUAUGGAGGAAACCAUGCAGAGUCUUAAUUCUCAGCUUGCUCUGGUUCAGGAGAAGCUCAAUUCUAACACUUAUAAUGACAAUGAGUGUUCACCGAUCAUAAAGAUUAUAAGGGAUUAUUUCACAUGGGCUAAACAAACAGACAGCAAAGUUAGUAGGAGAAGGAGGUUGUCUCUGUUUACUGAGGAGGCAAGUCACCAGAUCAACCUCAUGAAGAAACUGCAAUCGGAAAUAUCUCUAAAGAGGUCUCAAAUGGUCUCUGUUUUAAAAGAGCUAAAACAAGAAAUUACAGUACUCGGCGAGGGAGAUUCCAUAGCUAUGUCACCCACUCUCAAAUCCUUAGAAAAUUUGUACAUUAAGAUUACAGAGAACACUGACUAUACUGUGGUGGAAAUGAACCGAAUGUUGCAUAGGAGAGAAAUGCUUUGGAAACAGAUUGCUGACAGCAGCUCUUGGCUGACCUCAGUAUUGGAGAAAGAGUCUGUUAAACCUAUGGCUUCUGAACUUGCAACUACCAUCCCAGAAUUGAGAGUCCAGCUUCAAAUAUGCACAGAGGCUUUAAAGGAAGCUGAGAGGCAAGUAAAUAGCCUACAGACUCUGAUAGAUGAAACUAAGAACAUGAAUCAGGGUUUGAGUGUACCUGAAAGCUUUCAGCUUGUUGACCGGCUUACAGUUUUACAAAAAGAAGUUUCAGGGGUCGUAAACCGUAAGUGGGCCUCACAAUGGGUGCUAAAAGAGCUUCUCAAUGCCCAGGAAUCUUCUGCCAAGGAACUGAAUGUCAUUCAGAAGAGCUUACGAGAGAUGAAUACUGACAUCGUGAGGCAAAAGUAUCCUUUUACAAGGGACUCUUUCUUUGCUAUUGAACAUCGUAAGCAAAUGCUGAUGGAGCAUCUGUGUAAGGUCCAGGAAAUUCCACACUUUCCAGAACCUCAAAGGAAUGAUAUUCUUCAUGCUAUACUAGACUUACAGAGGAGAAUACACCAAAUAGGCCAGCAAGCCAAGGAGCAGAAAGUCUACCUCAAUUUAAGGCAGCGAAUGGAGGACUUCAGAGAGGAAGUGAAGAAGAGCUUGUUGCAGAUUUCAGACUCAAGUGUAGGUACUGACACAAGGCUAAGCUUCUGUCAGGCUCUCCUGGUGGAGCUUCCUAUGGUGAAAAUGACAUGUCAAGAGGCCACUGACCACCUGGAGGCCAUUUCAAAAGAUCUCUAUCCUUCCCAGCUCACAGCAGAACAGCAAAAGAUCAGCUGGACCGUUGAGCAGCUAGCUUUUUGGGAGCUCACAGUCAGUAAUGAGGCUAAAGCCCUGGAAUCCACUCUGGUUGAGGAUCUCAGAAGAUCCACAGAUCUCAGUGAGCUUAGUGACCUUUUCAGCAGUAUUAGACAAGACCUGAAAGAGACCAUCCACUUGGAGCCAGAGAAUAAGGCUUUGGAUGCAGAGUUGCGGAAGCACUGGACACUGAUCAGGACUGUGGAGUCUGUGCUACGAAUGUUGGCAAGCUGCAGGAAAGGAUCUGAGGCAGAAAGCUACAAGAAAACCAUUGAUCUUGGCCAGAUAACUCUUAAUGAUUGCAAUAAGCAUAUGGACCAACUGCUCCAGGCACAGAAGGCACUGAAACAUUACCGCUGGGCCAUUCAGGGAGCUAGGAGCUUCUUUCAGCAGGUUGAAUCCAAUCUGAUUGUUCCCUCCAUCAGCUUCAAAGACUGCAAAGAUGAACAGCGCCAUAUUCAACAGACUUCCAACUGUCUGGCUGAGGGUUUCAAGGUCCACUUGGCUGAAGUUGGGGCUUGCAUACCGCAGCAUACAUGCCUCUCUAUUCCUCAAACUGAGCAGCUUCAUAUCCAGGUUUUGAGUGACCUUUUAGUACAAGAUGCCAAAUUAGAAGCUCAGGCUCAGCUCAGACUGGAGGCCUUACAUAGGUGCAUGAGAGACCACAGGGUGCACAGGAGCCACCAUGAAGAAAUUAGCCUACUUCUCAAAAACAUUGACUCUCAAAUCUCAAAAUGCUUAAGUCAAAAACUGACUAAUUUAGAAGCUUGCCAAGACCAACAAUUGAAAGUACAGGUGCUCAAGUCUGAGCUGAAGAACCUCGCUAAAAGGCUGGAGGACUUGAGAGAAAGCUGCCUGGAUCAGCCUUGCGAUGCACCUGCUGACCUGAUGGUGGGACAUCUGUGGAGGUCUUUGGCAGUUCUGCAGUGCAGAGUGGAAUCACUCAAAGACAGCACAGCUCAUAAAGAAGCAGAGUGGAGGGACAUUAUGACACGUCUAAAUAAAUCAAAGGAAGAUCUUGACAGUCUACAGAUGGAUCUUCCUGACUCAUCUUUGAUGACGGGAUCCCUGGAAGAGAUUCAGGGUGUUCUGACCAAAAUGGAGCAUAUUCAGGAUAGGACUGAGCAGAAGCAUCAUACCCUGGCUUCUCUACAACACUAUGUGGCACGAUUGCUUGGGGUCUCAAAUCUACAGCAGCUGAAAGAGUCUCCUCAAAUCUGUCAGGACUUGCAGUCUCUGCAGGGACAUUGCAGAAGUCUCAGAGAUAAGAGCAAUAACAUCCGCCGGGAGGCCCUUUUUGAGAUCCAGGAGUUGGGUCGGGUGCAGGAGGAAAUGGGUGCAAUACAGCAGAGUUUUCUUUCUCUUUUGACCAACUUGCAGUCUAAGUCAGCUGCUGAACAUUUACAGGAGGUUAAAGUGGAAUUGGUCUCACAGAAGGCUCGACUGCAGGAUGUCAUGAACAGAGUACAGAAGAGAUGGAGCCGUGUACCCUCAGAGAUUCAGACCUUACAAGAUGAGCUCAACCUCUCCCUGCUGGAGGCUAAAGAAAAGAUGGAUAUGGUUAUGGAGAAGAGUGGUCCUCUUCAUAAAAUAACUGAGCAGGUGGGAGACGUGACUGUGGGACUGAAUUGUGUUCAAGCCCUACUGAAGCAAAGGAGCCCUAAUUUCUCUGAGGCUGAACGUACACAAAAGCGUAUCUGGGAUGAGCUGGAUCAAUGGCACACUCAUAUAGCUGAGCUAGAGGCUGAAGUGCAGGAGCUUGCUGAGGAACAGCCUGAGAGAGCACACAUCCUUAUGGACCAGCUCACAGAACCACUGCAGCUCUACCAGACCACAGCCAAGCAGGCCGAGCACAGGACCGCCCUCAUCAGCAAAAUCCCUGCCUGUCUGCAGGAGUAUGAGGGCUUACUCAGUAGCUCCACCUGCUGGCUGAGAGAGGCCCAGUCCUGGCUUGUUGCCCCCAGAACCUACACCACAGCGAAAUGCCUCCACGGCCACGCCAACUCCCUCAAGAUGAUGCUGGAUGAAUCUGAGGGAUACAGAGCAGCUCUGGAGGCCUUCAUGCCUGUCCUUCAGGAGAUCACUCCAGUGUGUGACACCACUUCUCAAGAGCAGCUUCUCCAACUGGCUAUGCAAGAUAUCACACACAUGCAGCAAAGUGUUCUGGAUCCUCUGUCCCACCUUCAGCACCUAGCAGAUGAGAUGGAUGCCAUUGAAACAGAGGUGAAGACGAUGGAGAAGAAUUUGACGAAGAUCAGAACAAUCCUUUCCAUGACUGACACAGAGAACAUCUCUCCUGAGGAACAUCUCCAGAACAGACAGGUCAUCCUGGACAAUAUCCAGUCCAUGAAGAGGACCAUUGAUGAGAUUGAGAGCUGCAGGCCAGGCCUAGGGCUUCCUGCAGGAGCAGAACAAACUCUCACAGCCUUCAACUGGGCUCGAGAGCUCCUGCAGCCCAUCCGAGAGCUACAGCAGCUCAGUGUGGAGCAGAGCACAGCGCUGAGGGCAUCUAUUGGUCUGCAAACUGAGAUUACCUUACCUUUUGGCCAAACCAUGGGAGUCACUUCGCCACACCCCUACACUGGAGAAAUGAUGCAGGUGUCCAUGGAAGACCCUUACAGUGAGGAAGAGGAUGAAGGCAGUCAGUCUUCAUCCUCGGGAACUCUGACAUGCAGUGUUCCAGAGGAUCCAGAUGAGAGAAUAAUGGAAGAGGAAGAUGUUGAAACUAAAACUGCCUCAGCUGUAACGGAGUGUGUCACCAAGGAAUUGUCUCCUGAAGAUGUUGAGAAUAUGGAUGUAGCUGCAAUUAACCCAGGAAGUGGUUUCACAGAGCCUCCACUCCAUGAAAUAUCUGACACAAAGCGUAGAUUAGUUACCGAAGAGACUACCUGUCUACCUGCAGCAAUACCCAAACACUCUGAAGAGUUUACAAAUGAAAGUUGCCUUAUAUCUGAAACAGCAAAUGAAGAUAAUGUUUUAAAAGCUGAGGAAAAGACGACCAAGUGCCCUGUAACCACAGUCACUGAAGCAGUACCCAUGAAGCCUGGAACAGAUUUAAAAAACGCUAUUUUAAAAACAAGUGAUGCCAGUGAAACGACUGAAGAGUCAGAAUUUGUAGAUGAGAAUACAGUAUCAAUAACCUCCGAAACGGGUACAGUUGAUCAAGUAAAAUCACUAAUCUAUAAAGAAGACUCAACCCCACAGACACCUAACAGUGAGGCUGUAGAAGUUACUGAUGAUGACCAAUCCCAACCUGUAGGCAGCACAGCUGAUUCUGGAACAAAAUCCAUAGACACCACGACCAAAUCAGUGCCACAGCAAGAUACAAAACUGGAGAUGCAGUGUGAGGUGAUGGAACAGAGAGAACUGAUUAAGUUUAUGGCUUGUCAUAGCAGCAGCAAAGAUCUGGAACAUUUCCAGUCUCAGGAAUACACAUGGUCCAGCAGUGACACUGUCAGUGAUCCAGGGCAGUCUGUAGAGGAGUGUUUGGCCCAGCUUCUCACUAAAUUAAAGAAAUUGCCAGAGGAACUGGAUUCAUGCCAGGAUAUAAAUUCUUCAGAGACUAAAGAACAUCUGUUGGAGAUUCCUCUGCUUGUGUUAAAAACCAGGGAAACUCAGACAAGUGACUCAACUAAACUCAUGAAGGACUUCGCCAGCAUGAAGAGCCUGCAGGGUAUCACAUGGACCACAAUGCAUGUAUGGCGGAGGUCUUUUUGGCAAAAUAAUUUUGAGCAACAGGGAUGCUCUGACGCACUUCUGAAGGGUUUAAAGGAUCUUCUGGAGCUGGGCUCUGAACGGAUACAACGCUGUCAGGAUACACACCCUCACAACUGCAGCCAUCUGCGUAGCCUUCUCAGAGGACACAAGAGAUUCUUCAGAGACUUGGGGCAGAACGUUGCAAUGUUUAAGCUGCUGUCCCAUAAGCUGCCAGAGGGGGCGCUGCAGGGCCAGGCAGAGGUGGAGCAGUUAAUAUCAGCACUGCAGGAUCAAGCACAGAGUCAUGGGGUCCAAAUGCAACACAAUUUGCAGGAGUGGUCUUGGUAUGAGGAGGUCACAGAAAGACUGUUCAAGCAGUUGGAUGAGCUGGAGACAGACGUGCCCAGUCUAGAUUUGGAGCCGGAGGGGGACAUGCAGGGUCAGCUGCAGUCCUGUGAGAAGUUGCUCAAGGCCCUAGAAGACAUGAGGCCUCAGGUGGGAGAGAUCCAGGACCAGCUCAGGGCCCCUCAGAAUAAGGGUUGCUGCUGUGAGGUGCCAGGCAAGGCUGUCCCAAGAUCACGACUGUUGACAUGCUGGCAGGAGCUCCAUAAACAACUAGAGCAUAAGAUACAUUUCACAAAAAAGAUCAUGAAGAAUUAUGACAGGUUUCAGCAUGAUUCAACUGAACUAGAGGAGUGGAUGAGUUCUGCUCAUGAAAAGGUUCAGAAGUUGAACAGUUCGUCUGACAGAUUUGUCCUUACCCAGCUCAUGGAGUUCUUUAAGGAGCUGGAGGUGAGGUCUGCACUGAAAUUAUCUGCAACCUGUGCAGGCACAAACAUAUUGCAUCUGACUGACAGUGAAGCUCCUGGUCUGCGCAGACGACUGGCUCAACUUGAGCAGGGCUGGAUGGACAUGACUAGUAUGCUGCCCACCCUUCACCAGACACAGCAACGGCUGUUGGCGAGCCAGUCUCAGAGUCAGACUUUAGCUGAGCUGACCUCCUUUCUGGAGCAUGUUGAGAGUAGAAUGGAGGAGGAAAGGUCUAGGGUCCAUUGCGCCCUGGGUUCCACUGAGCUGUUUAGAUAUCUACAGAUUUUGAAGGACAUCAAGGCUGAGGUAACCAGCCACCAAUCCUGCCUUGACUUUCUGAACCAGUCUGUAGAAGGGGUGGGGUCUGUGGAUAAUCUAGCCAAUCGUACUGAGCACAUCCUCUUUGCUGAGCAACUUGGAGCUCUCAAUCUGAGUUGGCUUGUUCUACAGGGCAAGAUUGACAGCGAGAUACAUGAUGCAGAGGACAAAUGGCAGGCCCAUGCAGACAGAGAAAGGCAAUUGCAGUAUAUACACAGCUGGAUCUCUCAACGUAUGGAAUGGGUGAGAAACAGCAUGAGACCAGACAGCUGCUGGCAGAUUGAGCAAGCAUUACAGGAGUGUGAGGAGAUAGAAGAACGGCUGAGUGUGAAUUCCUCUGAGCUGCUGGGUUUGAGAGCUCUCCACCUGUUUGGGCAGCGAGAUGGUCAACACCCCGGAGAUCAAGGAUUCUCCAUGAACGUGAAUUUAGCCAUCCAGGACUGCCAAAAUUUGAGCCAACAGAUAAACACUCUCAAGUCAACUCUGCGGCCAAUCAGGGAUGAGUGGGUUUACUUUAAAUCCGAAAUGUGUGCCAAAGGACUGCAAACAAGCGGGGUGGUCUACAGGCUUGAGCUCAACAGAGUUCCUCUGUUCUCAUCUGAGCAGAGCAGAGUUUAUGUGGAACAUCUGCAAGAGCUUGAAAAGGAGCUGGACAAAUCAGAGACUUGGACCUACGUAACUCAAGUGCUUUCUGACUUGAGAGACAAACUCAACCCUUGUGCAGCCACACCUCUGUCUGAUCACCUGGAGAAAGGAAGAACCCGACAUCUAGCAGUGAUUGAGGACUUGCGUACUGACUUACUAAAGGCCCAGGAUGCUCUGCGCCUCUGGCUGGAAUAUGAACGUCUCACUGGAGAGUGCAGUGCUCUUCUAAAUCAGCACUGGGAAAGGCUUGAAGAGCUUCUGAAUUCUCCAGCAACAGGCGAGAAUACUGCAGAGCUGCUUCACAGCAGAAUGCAAAGCAUCAAUGUUCUAGAGAAAGACAUGGAGACCUUACAAAGCAGUGUGGGAAAAGUGCUGGAGGUUGCAGAGCUUCUCAAUGGGCAGAUUGAGCCCCAGUCAGUGCCACUAAUCCAAUCAGAAACCAGGUUACUCUCAUGUAACCUUGUCCAUCUUGGCAAGGCACUUGCUGAGAGUGGGGCACAAGUUCAGGAGGAGCUGGAGGAACACAGCAGUUUCAACACUGAGCUUGAGUCACUGGAGCAACGAUUUGAGAGCUUUGAAUGCAUUAUAAGCUCUUCAGUUGUAAGCUUGGGGAGCCUGAAGAUGGUUCUGUUAGAUCUGAGUGGGCUGACCCCUAACCUCAGUGCUCUGAAUCAGAAGUGUGUCAGACUCGUCCUAAGCGCCACAGAUGAAAAGAGGCUACAGACCCUGAACACUCAGUGGGUGCAGCUUUUCUCUCAGGUCACAGACAGGCACAGGAAGAUGUAUACGGAGAGUCUGCAUGCUCAGAACUUCAAACAGAAGUGCCAGUGUUGGAUGGAGCUCCUGAACAAAAUCGAGGCUGGUUUGUCCAAUCAGGUGCUUGGAAACUGUUCUGCCAUAAGAGAGCAGCUAGCUCUGCAUCAGACACUGAAAGUGGAGGUGCUGAUCAGCCAGCAGCUACUGGAUGCCAUUCUUAAUGAGGUUUUACGCUUCCUGGAGAGUGGUCAAAUUGAGGACAGAAGUCAUCUAAACCUAAGACUCAGCCAGCUGAAGGAGUGUUGGCAGGAGAUGCAGCAAAGAGUCCAGCAACAUGGGAGAUAUCUGGAGGGGCUGAUGGGAAAGUGGCAGCUCUAUGAUGCAGACUUGAAGAAACUUUUGAAGUUACUCAGACACAUUGAAGAACUGCUGCCCCCAACAGGUCUGGCUCCCUGCAGCUUAAAGCAGCUCCAAUGCUCCAUAAAAGAUUUUGAGUGGACUGAAGAGCAACUACAGCAUUGUGAAGAACUUUACAAUCAGACUGUGGAGGUAGGCAUACAGAUCCAUGCCGUAGCAGAUGUGCAGACACAGACACACCUGCAAACUGAACUUGAUGCCCUCAAGGAGAUGUGGGAGCAAAGCUGUAGCCUUGUGACAAAAAGAAAGGCUCUUGCAAACACCAUAACUCAAACAUGGAGGCACUGUGAAACUGGACUGGUUAAUAGUGCUCUAAAACUGAAAGAGAUCAAAACAAGAUUGACAAGUCCUCUGCCAGAGAAACUGGAAGAACUAAAGACACACAAGCAGCUCUGCAAGGAGGACGAGGACUCGCUGGAGAUUUGGGCUGGAGGUCUGAAAGAGCUGAUAACCAUGAAGGCAGACGUGUCUCAGUACGUGCUGCCCGCAGACACUGCGCUGCUUCAGGGACAGGUAGAAGAACUUCACAGCCAGUGGGAAGAACUUUGCCUGAAGGUGUCACUUCGCAAACAGGAGAUAGCUGAUCGCCUGAACGCCUGGAUCAUUUUCAACGAUAAGAACAAAGAGCUCUGUGAUUGGCUGACACAGAUGGAGAAAAAGGUGGCUCACCGAGGCGAAAACCUUAGUAUUGAGGAAAUGGUGGAGAAACUUAAAAAGGAUUGCAUGGAGGAGAUUAACCUCUUCAGCGAGAACAAGAGCCACCUCAAGCAGCUGGGUGAGCAGCUCUUAUUGGCCAGUGACAAAACGAAAGAGGCAGAGAUCCACGGGGCCUUACGUGAUGUCAACGACCGCUGGCAGCACCUGUUCGACCACAUUGAAGCCAGGGUAAAAAAGCUGACGGAGACACUUGUGACAGUGCAGCAAUUGGAUAAGAACAUGAAUAACCUUCGUUCUUGGCUCAGCCGCAUUGAGGCAGAGCUGGCCAAACCAAUUCACUACAGUGUCUGCCACAGAGAUGAGAUCCAGAAGAAGCUGGCAGAACAGCAGGACCUGCAGCGUGACAUCGAGCAACACACUGAGAGGGUGGCAUCUGUGCUCACCCUGUGUGAAGUUCUUCUCCAUGAUGAAGAUGCCUGCAGCAGCGAUGGAGAGAAUGAAUCCAUUCUGCAGACCACACACAGCUUGGACCAGCGCUGGAGAAAUAUCUGCUCUGUGUCCCUGGAGAGGAGGCUCAGGGUUGAGGAGACGUGGGGGCUGUGGUGUAAGUUUCAGGAGGAUUACACUCUAUUUGAGAACUGUCUGAUUGUAGCUGAGCACACUGCUGCUGAACCCAAUUCAUCAGAGGUCCUGUACACUGAGGCCAAAGAGGAGCUCAAGAAAUAUGAGGCCUUUCAAAGGCAGGUACAUGAGAGUCUGACCCAGCUGGAGAUCAUUAAUAACCAGUACAGGCGUCUGGCCCGAGAGAACCGCACCGAUGCAGCCAGUAGACUCAGGGCCAUGGUGCACCAAGGUAACCAGCGCUGGGACGCACUCCAGAGGAGAGUGGCUGCCAUACUGCGCAGACUCAGGCAUUUCACGAGUCAGAGAGAAGAGUUUGAGGGAACCCGCGAGAGUCUCCUCAUCUGGCUGACUGAUAUUGACCUUCAGCUGACCAACGUGGAGCACUUCUCUGAAAGCGACCUCCAAGAUAAGAUGAAACAGCUCAAGAGUUUUAAGAAGGAGAUCACUCUGAACACCAACAAGAUUGAUGCUUUGAUAGUGUUUGGGGAGGGUCUGAUUCAGAAGAGCUCUCCUCAAGAUGCUGUUGUGAUUGAAGAUGAGCUGGAGGAACUGCACACGUACUGUCAGGAGGUGUUCGGCAGAGUGGCUCGAUUCUACCAGCGUCUCACCAACCUCAGACCGGUUUUACGAGAGCAGCCAGAGCUAUUUGACAGUGAGAAGUCCAGAGAGACGCUGGGCAGCCCCACUACCAGCCAGCCCUCCAUGUGCCUGCUAUCCCCACCUCAUGAGCGCUCGGGCCGUGAAACCCCUGUCAGCGUGGAUUCCAUCCCUCUGGAGUGGGAUCACACUGGGGAUGUUGGCGGCUCUUCUUCACAUGAUGAGGAUGAGGAAGCUGCUUUCUUCUCUGCCUUGUCAGGACAGAACUGGCACUUUCAAAACAUGCCUGAAAGGAAAUCUCUCCACCUGGAAACGUCCUCACCUGCACAUACCAGCACUCCCUAUAAGCAGGACUAUGUCCAGCUGAUGUCAGAGUGCAGUGGCAGUAUUAAGAGUGUGAAAAGAGUUUCUAUGAUCCUGGAUGAUGAGGAACAGCUGGAGGAACAAGGCCUCACUGGCCUCAAGACUGCAGACAAACAGACAGGAGUAAUAGAGCGCUGGGAGCUGCUACAAGCACAAGCUGUGAGCAAGGAACAGUGCAGCACUAGAGACCCUCAGCUUCUGACAUCUGACCUGAACAACAUCACUUCCUGGCUGGAUCAUGUUACCCCUGAGCUGGAUCGAUUGCAAAAGCCUGAGACAUCUGUCAGUCUCGAAUUCUUAGAAGCAAGAGUCAAACAGCUUAAAGAAAUGCAGAAGGCAUUUGCUCGCUAUAAGACCAUGAUGCUGUCUCUGAAUUUGGGUGGGCGAGAGCUGCAGGAAGAGGCUGGUCUAGGAGCUCAGGAGCUUAAGGAAGAUCUGCGCAGCAUGAAUCGCCGCUGGACAGAGGCUUGUGAAGGCCUAGAGGAAUGGGAGGGGAGUCUACGCAAUACACUAGAACAUUGUCAAGAGUUUCAUGAGAUGGUGCACUCUCUACUGCUAUGGCUGGCCCAUGCAGAGAGCAGACGCUACGUGGUGAACAUGCACGACCCUUCUGUGCAGCUCUCCAUGUUACAGGAACACAGGAACACACUGAAGGUUCUGGCUGAGGAGCUGCAGGAAAGACAAAAGCAGGUGGGCUCCCUGCAGGAGAUCGCCUCCGAACUGCUCCUGGAGUCUGGGGGAGAGGACAGUACUGAAGCAAGGGAAAAACUCCAUGUCAUCGGAAGCAAACUACGUCUGCUAUCAUGUCAGGUCAACCAGGAUCUUCUCACUAUUCAGGAGCAAUUGGAGCCUACAGCAGAUGCAACAGGAGACAGGAAAUCCUCAUGCUCCAGGCCAGGGAAGCGUGACCCCUCACCUCAACGCUCUUUCUUUUAUCGGGUAAUCCGAGCUGCUUUUCCCCUCCAUCUCCUCUUCAUCCUGCUGCUAGUGCUGGCCUGCCUGGUCCCUCUUUCCGAAGACGACUACAGCUGCACCCUUUCCAACAAUUUUGCCCGGUCAUUCCACCCCAUGUUGCGCUACACCAACGGUCCUCCCCCCACAUGAAUC